AUGUCAAUCCGGCAUAACUUGUCAGUUGUGCGGAGAACCUCGUCAUUUAUCGUAAAACGAUGGUAUACAGUAGAAGUAAAUUCAGCAGAAGAACCGUCAACUUCAAAGAAAAACGCUCCAUUCAACCUAAAAAAGAUUGAUUUGGUGCCAGAACGGUUACAUCGUCAUUUAUUUGGUAGUUGUCCUAUUCCGGAGAAUACCUUAAAAGAUGAUCCAUUUGAAAUGCUUGAUUUGCCACAUCUGGAAGGUUCGAAUCUACUCGAUCAUUUUCAAAAUACUGCAAUCAAGCAGUUUGAACCAUAUCGUCGUCUUCUGGUUGAAGCAACUACUAUUCGAAAGUUACCUCCCGUGCCAGAGAAAUGGAUUUUCCAAGCUGGUUGGACAAGAUAUGCGAUAAAUGAACCACCAAAACAAGUAUUAGAUGAAGAUUAUAUACCAUUUAAAAGUAUUAAUAACUAUAG